AUCUAAGUUAAAGCUUCAAUGCCCAAUAAUAAAUAAGAGAAUCCAAAGUCCAUUAAUGGUUGGAAAAAAGAAAAAAAAGGAAACAAAGAAACAAACAGCCCACAAAUAGCUAUGAGAAUGAGUUGAUACAAUGAGAUGAAGAAUAAUGAAAAAAUAGAAAAAAGAAGAGAAGCAAGAAUCAAUGGCGAAAAAGGUGAGAAGGGGGAGGGUGAUGGUAGGGAAAAGAGCUGGCCCCUCUACUCCAUCAACGCCUUGGCCACAUUUUGACUCCACCCAACACUUGACUCCUCCUGUUUCCGCUAGAACACUCUGUGCCAACCUUUGGCAACUUCAACCUCUUUCCCCACCCCCUGUUAUGCCUAAACUGCCUCCCAACCUUCGCCCUCACUAUGUUCAGGAUAAGGGUUUUCAUGCUGAUGCUUAUCAUCGUCUUCAUCUGCUAAGUAGCUUGAGGAGGCAUAAUGCAGCAUCAGUUGAAAGAAGUGAGAAUGGUUUUUUAAGCCCCGUAUCCCCAUCAAGCUCACUUGAGGUGGCAUCUUAUAACCCUGCAAUCACGUCAUGUACUUCUUUAGGAGGAUCUGGUUAUAGGCUUAAGACAUCAUCGGAGUUACUCAAGGUGUUCGACCGAAUCUGGGCACUCGAAGAACAGCAUGUGUCCAACAUGUCAUUGGUUAAGGCUUUGAAAACAGAAAUCGAUAGUUCUCGAGCUCGGAUCAAAGUGUUGCAGCAAGACAAACUUGUUAUGAAGAACAAGGAGCAAGAUAGAAUCGAAGUUGCCAUUCAAUCACUAAGUGAUGAGAGGAAGUUAAGAAAGCGAUCCGAAAGCUUGCACCGCAAGCUAGCUCAAGAACACUCCGAGGUAAAAUCAUGUUUCGCCAAUGCAUUGAAAGAGCUCGAGAGAGAAAGGAAAGCACGAAUUCUAAUGGAGGAUCUGUGUGAUGAAUUUGCUAGAGGAAUAAGAGAAUAUGAAGAGGAGGUUCAAUGCUUAAAGCAGAAACAUAGGGUCGAUGGGGAAAACCAUGACCGGCUAAUUCUCCAUGUUUCAGAGGCAUGGCUUGAUGACAAGUUAAGACUCGAUAUGCAAACUUUUCUGGAAGCUAAAUGCUUGAUCGAAUCGAGAAUAGGUGACCUUAAGGGGAACGGCUCACGCAUACAUUCUUUAGAGUCCUUUCCAUUAAACGAAGCUGUUAGUGAUGGCGACAAACACCGUUAUGAACUUAAUAAAACCGCAAAGUUAAGGUCUCGGGAAGGCAGCAAGGGCCGUAAACUGCAUCGUUUGCGUGGGCAAGUCGAUGACAAGGUUCAUCCCGAGAAUGGCCUCAAGGAAGAUUCACGCGUUACUCAAUCAGUAUACAAUGGCCAAGCUAGUCCUGUCGAACAAUGGGUAUCGAAGUUGAAACAUCCAGAGUUGGGAAAAUCCGAUUCUUCUCAGAAACUGCCAAAAGAAUCCAUUGAAAGCAAAAUCACUAGAAAAGGCCAGCAAUUGUUUCAAUUCAAAGAUUGUUUCUAGAAUUGCCUUUUACAAUUAUUUUCAUCUCUCAAAUGAUAUCCAACAUUUGUGCUAGUUUCCCACUAAAUUAUUAGAUAUACAUUCAGUGCAGCAUCUAUUAAACCAA